AUGACUGAUCUUCCGCCUCGAGACCCUUCCCUUGAGACCCGGCCAAUUCCCGACAAGCGCUUUUUUGACGUCUGCUCAUUUGGCCCUGGUGCUGAUCUGGCAAUUCAAAGAACAGCCCGAUCUGUCAAUGAUCUGGACCUGCUCGCCAGACCCUCGGAUUUCAGUGAUAACCCUGAGUCUUGCAUCCAGUGGUUCGAGAGAGAAAGGCAUUGCAUCGCGGGGGUGCGUCAUGACGAAGACUGGUUGAGCUGGAGCAAGAGAUCCGAUGUGGUCCGUAAGAUUCUUUCACAUAUACAAACCCAUCAAAACAACACGUCGAGUUCGCCUGGUUCAGAUAGUACAGACCCAACAUGGGGCUAUUACGUCUUUGUCACGUCUUAUACGGAAUCGGCCCAAGAGUUGGAGGCAGCCGUAGAGGUUUUGGUCCAGCUCACACUCAGGAAUCUGAGACAUCUGUCACCUUCCCUCUACUCGGAAGAGGCAUCUAAACGGUUCAAGCUCAAUGUCAUCCAAAACAGGGAGGCUCUAGAGGAUGCGUCGGAAGACAGAGUGAGGGAAGAAUUUCGUGCGCAGCUGAGAGGCUUGGGAAUGCGUGAAGGCGAUAUCAUGUCCCGAGUUACCGGUUCGAGUCGCUCUUCGGCAUGUAUUCUUCUUGAUGGAUGCACCAUCUCCCAGUUGUCCUGCAUAUCAUUACCCCUGGAUGAGGAACAAGACGAGAUUGACAACGAUGUGUACGUGAAAAUGAUUGACCCCAAGUGGGAUUAUCCAAUACAGCCGUACCCAGACACUGUCAAGGGUGGUGCACCUUAUCUAGGAGAAUAUGAAUGCCCAGCUGAGUAUCUUGCAAAGCUAUAUCUCAUAAUGGAGGGAGAUAUGACAAAGGUAUAUCCUAUGUGGCACGACCUAACAAAUUAA